AUGCCAGUUGCGUUUGCUUCCAGUGGCAAUACAGCUGCUUCCACUUCUCCUGAUACCACCACCAAUUUAAGUUUCCCACCGCAAGAAGAAAUCGAUGACCGUCAAUUGUCAUCUCAAUCGGACCCCAUACUGACCAUUCAGGAAAAAUCCAUGCCUUUGAGCCAACAGAUAUCUAUUUUGACAGUAGCUAAUCCGUUGAAUAUCACCGAAUAUGCUCACCAUUUGAACCGGUUGGCGAGGUUAUUGUACGACAAUACCGAGAACCCCCAGGUUAGUCCACAGGAAUUAGAAGCAGUGAAACUGAAAUUCUUCACAUUGAUGGAUGAGUUGUACAAGUUUAUUAAUUAUGAUGAUCCCGUAAAUUCAAAAUUGUAUUUGAUUAUUCAGUAUAAUUUUGAUAUUUUCAUUACAAUUGCCACAAAUUGCAAAACUUUGGAAAUCGCCACCAAAACAAUUCGAUUUUUAACAUCGGUGAUUAUGAAUUUGAAUUACUGGGAAAUUUACAAUUUAUUGAAUUGGAAACCGGUGAUUUAUCAUUUUUUAACCGUGAUUAAUUUCGAUUUGAAUGAUUGUUAUACCCAGUUUAUCAACGAUUAUCAGAAAUUCUCCUAUUCUAAAGUACACCAACCAUUACCCAGACCACGCGAACGGUCUAGAAAAACCCGAAGAAGUAAAGUAAAGAGAAAAUCUCACCCUCUGCCAAGCUCAGACAAUACCAAUGAGUUUGAUGAAGAAGACGACGACGUGGAUGAAGAAUUGGAUGAGGAUUUCUUUAGUUUGAAUCCAGAUACUGCUGAACAUGAUAAAUUUGUCAGUGACCGAGUGGCAGAAUUGACACCAAAAGAAAAGAAGAAAUUGCGAGCCGAAAUGAGACAGCAGCGAGAAGAAACCGAUGGCAAAUUACAAGGCCAUAAGAUUAUUAAAAAGACGCAAAUCAACAGGUCUAAUAAAUCUUCUAAUUAUGACCCAGAUGUCGUGCAUGAAUGUCAAUUACCUUCUCCUGAUGAACCCAACAAGUUGUGUCUUCGCCGUUUCUCAAGAAAGUAUGAAUUGAUUAGACACCAAGAGACAGUUCAUUCGAAGAAGAAAAAGCUAUUUAAAUGUUAUGUUUGUGUUAAACAAAAUCCUGGCGUUGGCCCCCGAAUAUUCACUCGUCAUGACACAUUAGCAAAGCAUAUUCGAGUAAAUCACAAGAUUUCUGGCAAGGAAGCUAAAGCGGAAGUGGCAUAUUCCAAGAAACACGCCGAAGUUGUGGAAGAAGGAGAUAUAACCGUUCAUGUAGGUAGAAGAAAGACUAAGGUUGAUUUUGAAUUGAGAGCUCACAUGGAAAGAAGAAAAAGUGGCGGCAAAGAUUCUCCAGAAGGGGACGAUUCAGGUUAUUUAGAAACGACUGAUUUGGACUCUGGUGACGAAGAAGUUACAUUUAAUAAUUAG